UUGUUGUCCUGGUGCUCCUCAACCCCCACCCCUCGGCCCGCUGGCACCCCCUCCGUAUAAAAGGGCGCCGAGCCCCUCAGGCGCGCCACUGUGCAGCUGUCACGCGCGGGUGGAAGUCGACGUAAGUGACGUCGCGCGCUUUGUAAGUCGGACUUUUGACGUUUUCCGCUUACGAACGACGCCAGUCAACAAGUCAACGGUGCGCGCGCACGAUGGAGUCGGACGCCAGCCGCGUGUCGUCGCCGGAGGCGGAUCACUCCUUCCUGUCCGGCCUGCGCCGCUCCGCGCACGCGCACGGCUUCCCGGGGGCCGUGUCGUCCACGCAGGGCGACUCGCCCAGCCACCACGCUCACGCGCACCGCCGCCAUCACGACGAGGACGAGCUUUCCGACCUAUCCGAUCUCUCGGCGGCGGCGCGCGCGGCCUCCAAGAAGGAGCGCAAGCUCCUGUCCGAGAACGAGCUGCAGUCCAUCCGCCUGAAGAUCAACAGCCGCGAGCGCAAGCGCAUGCACGACCUCAACGUGGCCAUGGACGGCUUGCGCGAGGUCAUGCCCUACGCGCACGGGCCCUCGGUUCGCAAACUCUCCAAGAUCGCCACCUUGCUGCUGGCCAGGAACUACAUCCUGAUGCUCAGCUCGUCUCUGGAGGAGAUGAAGCGACUGCUGGCCGACAUUUACGGCGGAGGGAGCGCCGGAGGAGGCGGCGGGAGCGCGGCGGGGAGCGCCGCUGGAAGCGCCGCCGCCGCCGCGCACCACGGCUUUCACGCGUCCGUGCACGCGCACGCGGUGGCGGCCGCCGCGGCGGCGGCGUCGGCGGCGGGCCCGCACGGCGUGCACCACCCGCUUCUGCCGCCGCCGCCUCCUCCUCCGCCACCGCCACCGCACGGACUGCUCAAGGCCCCCGCGCACGCGCACGCGCACGCACCGGGAGGCUUCCAGCAUUGGGGGGUCGCGGCCGCCGGCGGUAUGCCGUGCCCGUGUAGCAUGUGCGCGGUUCCGCGCCUGACGGGGGACUCCAAAUGAGCGAAAAAACAAUAAAUAAACGCUUGUAAAUAUUGUACAGUACACGUGCACGCGCUUUUCAUGUGUGUAUUUUUGUAAGAAAUGAAUGAACGGAUAUUUAUUGAAGCGUGACAUGCAUGUGAUUCCACUGGAAAAUAAAGGC